UUUUCAGCGCGCAGUCCAGUCCUUCUGGAUUGUGUAGCUCCGAAGGCAAAUGGGAGUUUCCAGGAAGUAGCCAUAUUGGAAGCGCAUUCGAGCUUGUUCCACUGUGUCAGCGAGUUUACAGAGAGAGUGAGACGAGGGCAGUUUCCUUUCGCCCAGAUCGGCAUUAAAACGCAUACAUUUCUCACCAUGGCUGCUACGGACGUAGACAUAUUUUCUAAUGAAGAAAAGCGUAAUCUCAGUUUGGGUGGCCAUGUUGGUUUUGACAGCCUUCCCGAUCAGUUGGUCAGUAAAUCGGUGACACAGGGUUUCUGCUUCAAUAUCCUCUGUGUAGGGGAAACGGGUAUUGGCAAGUCGACGUUAAUGAAUACACUUUUUAACACAAUGUUUGAGAAUGAGGAGGCCAGCCACUACCAGAAUGGCGUGUGUAUGCGGCCCAGAACAUAUGACCUCCAGGAGAGCAACGUCCACCUCAAGCUGACUAUUGUGGACACUGUGGGGUUCGGGGACCAGAUCAACAAAGAGGAGAGUUAUAAACCGAUAGUGGACUAUAUCGACACACAGUUUGAAAAGUACCUCCAGGAAGAGCUGAAAAUCAAGCGCUCCCUCUUCAACUACCACGACGGGAGGGUCCACAUCUGUCUGUACUUCAUUGCUCCCACGGGGCAUUCGCUGAAGUCUUUGGAUUUAGUUACCAUGAAGAAACUGGACAGCAAGGUGAAUAUAAUCCCCAUCAUCGCUAAAGCCGACACAAUCUCCAAGAGCGAGCUCCAUAAAUUCAAGAUUAAAAUCAUGAGUGAGCUGGUGAGCAACGGCGUGCAGAUCUAUCAGUUCCCCACAGAUGACCACGCAGUCACAGAGAUCAACUCCUCCAUGAAUGCUCACCUCCCCUUCGCUGUGGUGGGGAGCGUCGAGGAGGUUAAAGUGGGAAACAAAACGGUGAGGGCCAGGCAGUACCCCUGGGGAGUAGUACAAGUGGAGAACGAGAGCCACUGUGACUUUGUGAAGCUGCGUGAGAUGCUGAUCAGGGUGAACAUGGAGGAUCUGAGAGAGCAGACUCACGCCAGACACUACGAGCUCUACCGCCGCUGCAAACUGGAGGAGAUGGGAUUCACAGAUACAGACCCUGACUGUCAGCCGUUCAGUCUCCAGGAGACCUAUGAGGCCAAGAGGAAAGAGUUCAUGGGAGACCUGCAGAAGAAAGAGGAGGAGAUGCGACAGAUGUUUGUCAACAAAGUGAAGGAGACUGAGGCAGAGCUGAAAGAGAAGGAGAGAGAGUUACACAACAAGUUUGAGCAGCUGAAGCACAUGCACCAGGAGGAGAAGAGGAAGGUGGAGGAGAAGAGGCGAGACCUGGAGGAGGAAAUGAAUGCCUUCAACCGCAGGAAAGUGGCAGCUGAGACAUUGUCCUUAGCCCAGCCACUCAAGAAGGACAAGGACAAAAAAAAAUCGGUGAAGACGGAGAACCAGUCUGGGGUGAGUCUCUCCAACCCCAAGGUAAUGAUGGCCAAGGCCAGUGUGGAGCCUUUGAAAUGCGACAGCUGGUGGCAGGCCAUACAGUGCUGCACCUGCCUGGUCCACAAUGCCACCUGGAAGCAAGGCCUCUUCUGAGUCUCAGGACCCAUGGUGGGAAGGUGGGGAUGUCUAGAGAUCAACAGGAACUGCAAUCAUACAGAAAAAUGGAGACCAAAAUUACUACAUAUCCACCCACCAUUUAAUUCAUUCAAUCAUCACCAAUUCAUAUCGAUCAUGGACAAUUUCCCACUUCUUCCCUUUACCAGCCAUUCCCAUAUUACAUUGCAAUCUUAGUGACCCCCCCCCCAAAUGUGUUACGGUGGAAAGUAUGUGCCAAUAUCCCUAUAGAUAGUACCCAUUGUGAUUUGAAAGACAAUGGAGACAUGACUACACCAAAUCACAUUUUAUUGGUUGCAUACACUUUAUUUAAGUUCAAUGCAAGGUACAUUUUCAGGGGAAUGUAAUUGUAAAAUACUUAUUAUUGGAAAGUAUUUAUUUGAAAAGUAUUAAGAGGAAAUUUAUUUGUAUUUUACUAGAAUUUUUUUAUGUAUCAUGUUUCUUUUUUUUAUUCUACAAUACUUUUUGUAUUUUGUAAUAAUAUUACCUAUUGUGAGCUAGGACAAUAUGGAAUAGUUCUUAUGGAUUACACUAUUAUCUACACACAACUAACUGGUGUUCAUCAACCUCUGAAAUAUUUUAGUAUUCAGCGCAAUGUUAUGUUGUUAUAAUUUGAGGACAUUUUUCCUUUGGCCCUGGUUUGAAACAAAACUAAACACUAAUUAACACAGACAGAAUUCUAUUCCAGAGUGUUUUGGCCAAUGGUUGUGGUUUGUGAAGAUAACAUUGCGGAGACGUCUUACAUUAAAACAAAGAAAGAUUUAAGAUGGAAAUAACUAUUACUAAAGGAUUAAAUAUGUCUGGUAGUGCGAUUAGUAUUUAACGCUUAUUUGACUUCCAGUUUGUAGAGUGUAGUAUAAAGUAUGGAUCUUUCCAAGAAGUCAAACUCCAAUGUGCCAAAUCUGAAAAUAUGCAGCAUGGAAUUUAACUACACUAAAUGUGCAUACCUGACCGCAUGGUAAUAUUCCAGUUCAUCUAGGCCAGUGGUAUUCGAAGUCUGGGUUGUGACCCCAGGGAGAACUGCAGUGGGGUUGCCAAAAUUAUGAUAUAUAUAUUUUUGGAACAAAACAUGAAGGGUACAGAUUAUUGUAUGGGACAAUAUACAAAUGUUUUUGAGAAAGAUAAUUAGAAAAAUGCUAUUUCAUUUAGUAAAUAUAUUUAUUGGUUUCUUUUCAUUUUGAUAAGAGAUGAAAUGUAAUGAAUUAAAGGUUAUUGGUGUAACGGUUUUCAUGCGGUGAAGGAGAGUCGGACCAAAAUGCAGCGUGUAGAUUGCGAUCCAUGUUUAAUGAAAAAACGUAAAACACGAAUCAAUACAAAUACUACAAAAACAAAAAGAACGUAACGAAAACCGAAACAGCCUAUACUAGUGUAAACUAACAUAGAGACAGGAACAAGGACACUAAGGACAAUCACCCGCGAAACACACAAAGAAUAUGGCUGCCUAAAUAUGGUUCCCAAUCAGAGACAACGAUAAUCACCUGACUCUGAUUAAGAACCGCCUCAGGCAGCCAUAGACUAACGCUAUACAUCCCACAAAACCCCAAGACAAAAACACACCACAAUAACCCAUGUCACACCCUGGCCUGACCGAAUAAAUGAAGAAUAAACAUAAUAUAUUUCGACCAGGGCGUGACAGAACCCCCCCCCCCCCCCUCCUAAGGUGCGGACACCCGGACGCACAUAAAAACAAUAGGGAGGGUUCGGGUGGGCGUCUGUCCAUGGUGGCGGCUCCGGCUCCGGCGCGGGAUGUGGAACCCACUCUAUAAAUGUCUUAGUCCCCCCUCCUUGCGUCCUAGGAUAGUCCACCUUCGCCGCCGACCAUGGCCUAGUAGUCCUCACCCAGAACCCCACUGGACUGAGGGUCAGCUCGGGACUGAGGGUCAGCUCGGGACUGAGGGGCAGCUCGGGACUGAGGGGCAGCUCGGGACUGAGGGGCAGCUCGGGACUGAGGGGCAGCUCGGGACUGAGGGGCAGCUCGGGACAGAGGGGCAGCUCGGGACAGAGGGGCAGCUCGGGACAGAGGGGCAGCUCAGCACUUAGGGAAAGCUCAGCACUGAGGGGAAGCCCAGCACUGAGAGGAAGCCCAGCACUGAGAGGAAGCUCAGGCAGGUAGUUGUCUCCGGCAGAUCCUGGCUGGCUGGCGGAUCUGGAAGAGUCUGGUUGACUGGCGGAUCUGGAAGAGUCUGGUUGACUGGCAGAUCUGGAAGAGUCUGGUUGACUGGCAGAUCUGGAAGAGUCUGGCUGACUGGCGGAUCCGGCAGAUCCUGGCUGACUGGCGGUUCCGGCAGAUCCUGGCUGACUGGCGGUUCCGGCAGAUCCUGGCUGACUGGCGGUUCCGGCAGAUCCUGGCUGACCCGGCAGAUCCUGGCUGACUGGCGGUGCCGGUAGAUCCUGGCUGACUGGCGGUUCCGGCAGAUCCUGGCUGACUGGCGGUUCCGGCAGAUCCUGGCUGACUGGCGGUUCCGGCAGAUCCUGGCUGACUGGCGGUUCCGGCAGAUGCUGGCUGACUGGCGGUUCCGGCAGAUCCUAGCUGACUGGCGGUUCCGGCAGAUCCUGGCAGAACUGAGCAGACUGGCGGCGCUGGGCAGACUGGUGGCGCUGGGCAGGCUGGCGGCGCUGGGCAGGCUGGCGGCGCUGGGCAGGCUGGCGGCGCUGGGCAGACUGGCGGCACUGGCGGCGCUGGGCAGACUGGCGGCUCCUUGCAGACUGGCAGCUCUGGCUGCUUCAUGCAGACUGGCCGCUCUGGCUGCUCCAUACAGACUGGCCGCUCUGGCUGCUCCAUACAGACUGGCAGCUCUGGUUGCUUCAUGCAGGCUGGCAGCUCUGGCUGCUCCAUGCAGGCUGGCAGCUCUGGCUGCUCCAUGCAGGCUGGCAGCUCUGGCUGCUCCAUGCAGGCUGGCAGCUCUGGCUGCGCUGAACAGGCAGGAGACUCCAGCAGCGCAGGAGAGGAGGAAGGCUCUGGCUGUGCUGAACAGGCGAGGCGCACAGUAGGUCUGAUGCGUGGUGCUGGCACUGGUGGUACUGGGCCGAGGACACGCACAGGAAGCCUGGUGCAGGGAGCUGCCACCGGAGGGCUGGGGUGUGGAGAUGGUACUGGGUAGACCGGACCGUGCAGGCGCACUGGAGCUCUUGAGCACUGAGCCUGCCCAACCUUACCUGGCUCGAUGCCCACUCUAGCCCGGCCGAUACGAGGAGCUGGAAUAUACCGCACCGGGCUAUGCACCCGCACUGGGGACACCGUGCGCACCACUGCAUAACACGGUGCCUGCCCGGUCUCUCUAGCCCCCCGGUAAGCACAGGGAGUUUGCACAGGUCUCCUACCUGGCGUAGCCCUACUCCCUGUGAGUCUCCCCCCCAAGAAAUGUUUGGGGCUGACUCUCGGGCUUCCUAGCCAACCGUGUUUCCUCGUAUUGCCGGCUCCUCUCUCCGGCUGCCUCUGCUCUCCUAAGUGCCUCCACCUGUUCCCAUGGGAGGCGAUCUCUUCCAGCCAGUAUCUCCUCCCAAGUGUAACAACCUUUGCCAUCCAAAACAUCUUCCCAUGUCCAUUCCUCCUUUCGCUGCACCUGCCUGUUAACACGCUGCUUGGUCCGUUUGUGGUGGGUGAUUCUGUAACGGUUUUCAUGCCGUGAAGGAGAGUCGGACCAAAAUGCAGAGUGUAGAUUGCGAUCCAUGUUUACUGAAAAAACGUAAAACACGAAUCAAUACAAAUACUACAAAAACAAAAAGAACGUAACGAAACAGCCUAUACUAGUGUAAACUAACAUAGAGACAGGAACAAGGACACUAAGGACAAUCACCCACGAAACACACAAAGAAUAUGGCUGCCUAAAUAUGGUUCCCAAUCAGAGACAACGAUAAUCACCUGACUCUGAUUAAGAACCGCCUCAGGCAGCCAUAGACUAACGCUAGACAUCCCACAAAACCCCAAGACAAAAACACACCACAAUAACCCAUGUCACACCCUGGCCUGACCGAAUAAAUGAAGAAUAAACAUAAUAUAUUUCGACCAGGGCGUGACAAUUGGUUGAUGUAAAAAUCGGAAUAUACCGAUAUAAGGUCGUGCCAUUAGAUUUGGGGUGGGUUUGCAAGUCAUUCUUAUAGAAAAAAAAAUGGGUUCCCUAGAAAUUCUGGCAGAAAAAAAAUGGGGUUCCCGCUGAAAAAGUUUGAAUACCACUGAUCUAGGUUAUGCGUUUUGUUAAGAUUGUACUUGGGAGUGGGUUAGACAAAUUCUAUAUCAAAUGGCUCUCCCUUUGUUAGCAACCAGGGUUCUACUUUACAGUCAGAUAAGUGCCUUGGCCUGAUCUAUGAUCUACAGAGCAUUCAAUCCCCAUGUUUUAGACGACAGCUUUCAAAUGGUGGCAAGUGUGGACAGAGACAUAUCACAGGGGGGCACAAGUCACAUCAAUGCACAAUUUAUAGGACCAAUUCUCCAAGAGGGGGAGACGUUAACAAUGGACAUCUUUGACGAGAUGAAGUGUGUGUGUCACUUGUGCUUUUCUACUGCUGUGUGAGCCCGUCAAAGCAGCGAGGACGUUUUAACGGCUACUUACCAUGCAAAGGAAGUCGAUUGGUGUAGUGGCUUACAGGUCCCAGUUCAGCUCAUCUAGUAUAAAACUCUCCAUGCAAAGAAUCUCAGCUAUUGAAAAGUUGCAUCCGCUCUGCACAACAAGGUCCUGGACUGACCCAAUCACCUGCUUCAACAGACAGCAACAAGGAAGCCAAUAAAUGUAUUGUAUUAAACAAACAUUGUGUUGUUUUUUGAUCGAUUAUAAGAAAGAAUACACUUGUUCUGUGUUUACUGUUAUGUUAUGUUUUGAUGGUAAAUUUACAAGAGAUUAAAAAAUCCCACCUCA